AUGGUUCAGCUGCACCACAACCCGUAUGACAUUGUGAAAAGUGAGCCGCCAUCCACACCCAAAUCUUUGAUCAAGAGUUCAUACCUGGAAAACACACCAGAAAUGGUGUUCGGUAGUUUCCCUCUUCACUCUGGGUUUUGUACUCAAGUGGUAGCCAGUACGGAUCCCCUGAACAACAACAACCAACCCAAAACAAAUCCCAAUGGUCGAGCGUUAGCAGCCGACCGGAAACGACCGUAUCCUUGUAACCUAUGUGCUUCAAAAUUUGGGUCAAAGAUGGAAUUAGAAGAACAUCAGAAUUCUCAUACUGGGCAAAAACCAUUCGAAUGUGAUACAUGCAAUGCCAGGUUUAAUCGGAGGUCAACGUUAUGGAAUCACAAACGAAUACAUUCAGAUGCAAAACCAUUCGUAUGCACAGUUUGUCAGAUGACGUUUAAAUGGAAAAAUAGUUUGAAGUGUCACAAAGAUAUGCAUCAAAGAAAAAAUGAAGUGCCAUCACACCUAGAUAACGAUCUUAGACAACUCACUUAUGCUACAGCCGCUAAAAGAAAGUUACAAUUAGAGCAAGAAGAAAAUGGUGGUGCAGCAACAUCAACAGCUAACUCAAUUGCUUCCAAUCCAUUAAUAACGACGACUUCUGGAAACAAGAAACGAUCGAAGAAUACCAAGAAUAAGAACAACAACAAUUCAUUGGUAGCGUCACUGAGUCAAGUACAUCUUGGAGCAAAUGUACAACCACUGCAGGCCAGUGCCCUUGUACCUCCAAGUGAUCAUCAGAUUGAUUUGGAUACGAGUUCAAUGGAUUCUUUGAUUCAAAAUCAGAAUCACAGCUUGCUUAUGCAACUUUAUGGUGGCCAAUACGCAGAUGACCGUCAGAACGGAGGAAUGCUCGCAAUCGAUGACACCAUGCUUUCAAACAUCAGUGACUCGAAAUCCGACUCUGGCUCUUCAUCCGGAGCAUCUUUGAGCAUUCACCUUCCAAUGCAAAUCAACAUGUUCAACUUCAGAAACCUUCAAGCACCGUCAUUGCCACCAGUGCACCAAAUCGGCUCUCAACCAUCUGUUUCAUCAGGAAUGGACUACACCAACCAACAUGAAUCACGAUACAUUGUUACCGGACCUGAAUCCAUGUUAGGACAUCCAGUAUAUCACAAUGGAGCAGCAUUCGUAUCGUCCGAGAAGAAUGGACAAUCCCACAAUCAAUUUGCCCUCGACAACUGCGUAUUGCUCCCAUCAGGAAGACACGACUACCAGCCAUUCGACUACACUAUGAUCAACCAACACUAUCCAAUGGCAGAUCAAGUUCAUGACCAGACGAUCGGAGUUAGUGCAGUUCAACAACAUUAUACCGAGGCACUUCAUGCACAUGGCAAGACCGUUCCACAUGAUCAGUGGUAA